UCUCUGCUGGAGGAGCCCGAGAGCUGGAGGGGACCUUUCGUAUAUCAUCCAGAACCUCCAGGGCACGUCGAACAGUUGAGUGCGGCGCCCCGGGAGACGAACAGUGAACUGCAAGCCAUGGAGUGCAAAACGAUGAUCCUGGCGGUGCUGCUGGCCGCGCUGGUGGCCGCGGAGGGCGCCGUGACGCCGUCGACGCCCUUCUCGACGACGGCCGUGAACCGCGGCCGCGGCUCGAGGCGGGCCUUCAUCGGGCGCGGCGGCGGCCGGCCGCGGGGCAGCCCCGCGCCCUCCGCGGUGGCGCUGGCCUCGCAGUCGACGCCCCGCAACCUGCAGCAACACCUGCAGCAGCAGCAGCCGACGUUUGCGCCGCUCCAGCCAACCUUCGCGCCCCCGCAGCCCAGCUUCUCCCCGGCCACCUUCUCGCCGACGCCCUCCACCUUCGCCCCGACCUUCGCCCCGACCUUCGCGCAGCAGACGCCUCUCCGCGUGUCGCGGCCGACGCCGACGCCUCCGGGUGGGCUGGCUCCGCUGGCGCACGACGUGGUGGUCACCCCCCGCCGCUCCGGCAGCGCCCUGGGCUUCAGCCCCCACGCCGCGCCCUUCACCGCGCCGCUGUCAACCAACAAGGGCCCCAGGCCCAGGGCCACGCCCGUGCCCAUCGUCGCCCUCAAGUUCAACCUCCGCGAUGACGGCAGCUACUCCACCAGCUCCGAGACCGGCGACGGCACGGUGCGCCAGGAGCACGGCCAGUUCAACGGCGCCGGCAUGGCCGUCCAGGGCAUGUACGCCUACCAGGACCACGAGGCGGGCCCCGUGCAGGUCAACUAUGUCGCGGACGAGUACGGCUUCCAGCCCCAGGGCCCCAACAUCCACCCCGCCAUCAUGAUGGCCGUGGCCGAGCAGGUGAACGCGGCGCGCUCCGCCAAGUCCCGCAAGGGCGCGGCGGGCCUCAACGGGCUCCGGGACGACGGCGACCUCGACUACGACGACGACAACGGCGCGGGGACGUCCCCGGCGCCCAUCAAGUACAGGAAGGCGCCGAGCCGCACCGUGCGGAGGGUUGUGGUGCGGAGGCUGUAGCCGAGCCGACCUCAGUAUAUAGCCAACACUGUGAUGUUAUUAUUGUAAUUUAUUUGUAUUAUUAUUAUUACGUUUUGUCGAACAAACUAGGCUAUUUGAAUUUCCGGGAGACUCGGGGAGGAUUGGGGAGCAAGCACUUCUCCGGGACUAGUAUUUUCUGUUUCAACGCCCGGACCUGUGCUUGAACUCUCCAAUCGCUCGCGUCCAAUUUACGAGUAAGAAAAUAAAUAAAAAUUAACAGGCCAACAACUGGUCGGUUAACAGACAGUCCA